GAGGGACUUAGCCUUGCCGGCUUGACCAGCAUAUGGAAGGAGAGCUCUCAUGGCUGCAAUAACUUAGGGGGAGCUCCUACCUGGGUGUCGCUUGGGGUAGGAAGGUUUCUGUUUGUUUUGUUCUGUUUCUAAGGGUCCUGUGUGUUUCCCUUGCCUGCACCAGCGUGACUCUUGGUGGGUUUUGCACACCCUACUCUGUGGGGGAGUGCCCCAACGUGCCUGUCUUAUGUGGCCUCUAUGGACACACUGCCCAGCUGGCAGAGAACAGGGAAGUUUUCUCCCAGCACCCAAAAAGAGAAAGAGGAAACUACUUUUUCCUUCUGGGAUCCUUGCAGCACAAUAGCUUCCACAUCCCCUCCCUGGAUUUCUGGAGUGCUUUCCAGGAAGAAGUUAAACCUUCAUCUUUAAAUGGAUGAGUAUGUCACAAUCAGGAAGAAACAUCUCCAAAGACCCAUCUUUCGACUAAGAUGCUUAGUGAAGCAGCUGGAGAAAGGUGACGUUAAUGUUGUCGAUCUAAAGAAGAAUAUCGAAUAUGCAGCAUCGGUACUGGAAGCUGUUUACAUCGACGAGACAAGAAGACUUCUGGACACUGAAGAUGAGCUCAGCGACAUCCAGACUGACUCGGUCCCAUCGGAAGUCCGGGACUGGUUGGCUUCAACCUUUACACGGAAAAUGGGGAUGAUGAAAAAGAAACCGGAGGAAAAACCAAAGUUUCGCAGCAUUGUCCACGCUGUGCAGGCUGGGAUUUUUGUGGAAAGGAUGUACAGGAAGAACUAUCACAUGGUUGGUUUGACAUAUCCUGCAGCUGUCAUAGUGACACUCAAGGAAGUUGAUAAAUGGUCUUUUGACGUAUUUGCCUUAAAUGAAGCAAGCGGGGAGCAUAGUCUGAAGUUUAUGAUUUAUGAACUGUUUACCAGAUAUGAUCUUAUCAACCGCUUCAAGAUUCCUGUUUCUUGCCUAAUUGCCUUUGCAGAAGCUUUAGAAGUUGGUUACAGCAAGCACAAAAAUCCAUAUCAUAAUUUGGUCCAUGCAGCUGAUGUCACUCAAACUGUGCAUUAUAUAAUGCUUCAUACAGGUAUCAUGCACUGGCUCACUGAACUGGAAAUUUUAGCAAUGGUCUUUGCAGCUGCCAUUCAUGAUUAUGAACACACAGGAACAACAAACAACUUCCAUAUUCAGACGAGGUCAGACGUUGCCAUCCUGUACAAUGACCGGUCAGUGCUUGAGAAUCACCACGUCAGUGCAGCCUACAGACUUAUGCAGGAAGAGGAAAUGAAUAUUUUGGUAAAUUUAUCUAAAGAUGACUGGAGGGAUCUUCGGAACUUAGUGAUUGAAAUGGUCUUAGCAACAGACAUGUCAGGUCAUUUCCAGCAAAUUAAAAACAUAAGAAAUAGCUUGCAGCAGCCUGAAGGGAUUGACAGAGCCAAAACUAUGUCCCUGAUACUCCAUGCAGCCGACAUCAGCCACCCAGCCAAGACUUGGAAUUUGCACUACAGGUGGACCAUGGCCCUAAUGGAGGAGUUUUUCCUGCAGGGAGACAAAGAAGCUGAAUUAGGGCUUCCAUUUUCUCCACUUUGUGAUCGGAAGUCAACGAUGGUUGCCCAGUCUCAAAUAGGUUUCAUUGAUUUCAUAGUGGAGCCAACAUUUUCUCUCCUGACAGACUCGACAGAGAAAAUUGUUAUUCCUCUUAUAGAGGAAGCUUCAAAUUCAGAGUCUUCUAACUAUGGGGCAAGCAGUUCAUCCACCAUGAUUGGGUUCCAUGUUGUUGACUCUCUGAGGCGGUCAAACACAAAAAGCUCCAUGAGUGAUGGGAGCUGUACCCAAGACUACUCUCUGUCAGCUGUGGACCUGAAGAGUUUCAAAAACAACCUGGUGGACAUCAUUCAGCAGAAUAAAGAGAGGUGGAAAGAGUUGGCUGCCCAAGGCGAACUUGAACUUCAUAAGAACUCAGAAGACUUAGGAAAUACUGAAGAAAAGCAUGCUGACCCACGACCAUAGGUGUGAACAAACUUUAAAAGUUCAGUUGUUUUAAACAAAAGAGGAAAAUGAAAGCAGCAUGAAAAACAUGCAAAGACAUUGAUUUUCUAAAAAAAUAUAUGUUCGGCUCAGGCCAUUUUAGUGAACUCCUCUGUAAGGAACAAGAACGUAAAUUUCAAUCUAAUAACUGAGCAAAGAAGUUCCCACAAGUUAUCAUUAGGAUUCUGGCCACUGUUUAUGUCAUGGUUUUCCUUUUGUGAUUUGAUCAUAUUCAAUCAAGCCAGAGAAAUCUUUUAAGACUGAAAGUUGGACACUUUCAAGUUUUCAUCAUUUUAAACUUGUGCAGAAGAUGGUUUUCAAUGUACUUCUUGCACCGUGUAACACAAGAGUGCCGCAACAACACCAUUGUCAACAAACAGGGACAACAACAACAAGAAGAAAAUAAACAAAGAGUAAAAGAAAAGCAAAACAAAAUGAUGAAAACCUGUUUUCUUGCAAUGCUGAUCUGGUAAGACUGUCUUGUUUUAAAUGUAUGGGAACAGAAUCAGAAUCAAAGCUGUCUUCAGAAGUUGUUCAUGAAGUACCAGCAACAGCUGACUAUAAGAGCUGCUGAACAGUGAUUGGAUGAACAUCUCGUUUGUCCUCCAGCUGAGAAACUACAGUGCCAUCUUUCCUUGAAGCCAUCAACCAUUCUGCAAGCAUCCAUUGGGUUUUAAGGCCCUAGUGUAUCACCCGUGUGUGUGGUCAUAUUGCAGGUCUCAUCUUGCUGUAGGGCCAAAGUAACAAGGAACAUCAGCCAUCGCAGAAGAAGGGCACUUGAAGAGAAAGCAGAAUUUUCCUUCUGGGAUGUUGUUCCCACUAGAAUAUAAAAUCAUAUUACAGGCUGAGGCAUAAGCGACAAGUGUGUGUGUAUGUGUGUGUGUGUGUGUGUGUGCGCGCGCGUGUGUGUGUGUGUGUUUGUGGUAGGUGUGUGCACUCAUGCUCAGAAGUGUAUAUGGAAAAAAACCCAUAAUUUUCUGUAUAGCCAAUAUUAUUUGAUGCGACUUUUUAAUUUUACUGAACAGAAGUGAACUGUAACCCUCAGAGGCCCUGCUUCUUGGCCAUGUUUUGCCUGAGCAUGUGUAAAGCCUUUCCUCAACUUGUUGGCGGCCUUUUUUCUUGUUUUUAGCUAACAAGAAUGGUCAAGCCCAAUUAGCUUUUUCACUGUACAUACCUUUCAGGGAUUUCGAACUUUGUGAAAGGUGAAAAUUGAAUGGAAUGAACAGAGAGUUACUGUCAAUUAAGUGAUGUGCAGAAAGGUUCGCCCAUCCUAAUGAGUAGCUUCUUGCACCUUUGUUUCCCCAGGUUCCACUAGGCUAAGCAAUAUUUCAGAGAGGAGCAUGACCAGAAGCGUUUAAGUCUAAGUAGUGAGGUCUUUAUAACUCACAACUUGGAUCUACUUCAAUGUGUAAGCCAUAUUCUCUAUGCAUAUUUAGUAUGCAUUCUUGUAAUUUAAGAUAUGUUUGU